CGGCAGCCAGCAUCUUGUCGGCAAGGCUAGUCGUGAAAAAUUAGUCACAGCUGUGAUGGCCGAAAACGGCGUUGCUAUCCGAUUACGGCAUUGCUAUCUGUUUGCAUUAAAUUUGGUUUCUAUAAUAAUUACAAUAUUCUAAUUUCCGUCAGCAUUUUGGCGGUAUUUUCACUCUGAUGUUAACAUUUCCCAGAGAAGCAUUCUGUUUACGACAGCAUAGUUAUAACUUAUAGACAUACGUACGCAUAUAUCAUCGAGCGGUCUGCACGUUCGCCAGUACAGCGAAAGUCUGGGAGCGAAAAUAUGAAGAUUGUGUCGUGGAAAUUGAUAAAAACCACGGGGUAAAAAAAAAAAAAAAAACUGUUUCACACUGGCAUGGCUUGAAAAAAGCGUAACCGUGCAGAGAGGAACGAAACACGCAUCAACAUGUCUAACCGAACCCGUACAAAAAGUGGACGUUCCCGGCAAAGUGCUGCGCACUCUUGUGUUCCGAUAUGAUCAAUUAUGGAAACCGAGGAGCAAAAAAUAUCCCGGAGCAUAUCCAAACCAGGAAACACAAAGGUCAAUUGGACGUAAAUUUCUCAAAUAUUAUAUAAUUGACAACUGUUAAUACCUAUCUGUAGCACUGGCCCUGUAGAUCAUUCAUUUUAUCGCUCACUUUUAUAUUUCAUUAUCUCUCUCAUAUAAACAAAUUACUUGUGUACUUAUUUCUGAAGUAUAACUUGUAAGUGCAGUAGCUUAUUUGAUAGAAAUUUCACAUUUUUAUGUCUGAAGUUUGGCAAAAUUAUUUUGGUUGUUUGGACUCAUAUUUUAAGUUUUCAAAAUAUUAUGAUUGCCCUGGAUUUACACUGUUAGUAGUUACAAGGUCACCAUUAAACAGUGUGUUUUAUUAUGAAAAAAAAAAAAUUCAUAUUCAAAGGGGGGGGGGUGAACCCCCAUUUGACCCCUCCCCCAAAGGUAGACAUUUUCCAUGCUUUUCCAAAUUGGUUAUUGUCAUCCCUGGUAUUGGGUGCUUUACACACAUGUACACACACAAUUCAUAUUCAAACGUAUACGAUGUGAAUUAUACAGAUAUGCGCGACGGAACCGCAGAUAUCCAUAACUACUCCGGUUUCCGAUAGCUGCAGCUUGAUUCUGCCUAGUCAUAGUUCCAGUUAUAGCACUCUUAUAUCUAUGUCACUUUUUGGGAAAUUGUAAAAAAAAAAAAAGGGCGCUGGCGAAUUAUGAUUGCGUGGCAGGGGUGACUGAUACAAAACAAGGUAAAAAAAUCAAUUUUAUCAUUCGUGAUACGUUACACAUAUCCAUCAAAAAUUACACACUUAUGCAGGCUUUAUUACUCCUACUGUAUGGCAUUUGUUAAUAGUCAAUUACUAUAAGGGAAAUAAAGCAAAUUUAUAAUGUAAUAGUGCAUAUGGUUAGUGAGUUGAAUGCUUAAAUGAGGGAAUGAAAAGUUUUUGGGUUGUCUUGAAAGUGUCUUGAGGUACAUCAGACGGAGGGGACAACACAGAGCGCAGUAGCCGCUAGCGCGGUUGCUAUAAUUACCCUCAAAAGGGAAUGCGGCGGCUAAAAGGCCGUGGGAAAAAAACGUCUUGUCGCUUAAAGACGAGCACGCCUGCCGUCUACGUGCUUUUCGGUGCUGUGAACUUGGGACUCGUCGUCAUAAAGAAGCAGUUUGGAUCGUGACUGACAUUAUGAUUUCGUAUUUGGCAUCAUUGUCAAUAUGCAGCAAAUGGGACACUUGAGAACAUUUGUUUCAAAGAAGAAUGCCUCAAAAAGGUCACUUAAAAAAAAAAAGUCUUCGUAUUUUUAUUGGUGGUACAGAAUUUUUCAAAUAUUGAAAAAAAUGUAGUUUUGUAUUUCCAUCCAUCCGCCCAUCGAUUUUCUUUGCCGCUUAUCCUCACAAGGGUCACGGGGAGUGGUGGAGCCUAUGCCAGCUGUCAACGGGCAGGAGGCGGGGCACACCCUGAACUGGUUGCCAGCCAAUCGCAGGGCACAUCGAGGAUGUGGGAGGAAACCGGAGUGCCCACCCGGAGAAAACCCACGCAGGCACGGGGAGGACCAGGAUCAAACCUGGGUCCUCAGAACUGUGAGGCCAACGCUUUGCAGCUGCUCCAUCGUGCCGCCGAGUUUUGUAUUUAUAAAAUAUUACGCCGUGCACGACUUCGGUGACCUCAGUUUCCACCACCCGGAGAUGGACGAACCUUACAUGAACGUGAAGUUCCCUCGUACCGUGGGCGGUGCCACGAAGAAGCUGUCGGGCGCCGUGAGCAGGGCGGUGGGUGCCGGCCACACCCUCGUCAUGCUGGGUGGGGACCACAGCCUUGGUAUUGGAUCAGUGGCAGGCCACGCCCAACAGUGUCCUGACCUGUGCGUCAUCUGGGUCGACGCUCACGCCGACGUGAACACGCCCUUGUCGUCGCCGUCGGGGAACCUCCACGGCCAGCCGGUGGCGUUCAUGCUCAAAGAGCUGCAAGACAAGGUGCCAGAUCUCCCGGGGUUCUCUUGGGUGAAGCCGUUCCUCUCCUGCAGGGACCUGGUGUAUAUCGGACUUCGGGAUGUGGACCCCGGCGAGUACCACAUCUUGAAGAACUUGGGCAUCCAAUACUUCACCAUGAGGGAUAUCGACAGACUCGGCAUCCAGAGGGUCACCGAAGUCGCCUUGGACCAUCUGUUGGCAAGAAAACAAAGACCCAUUCACUUGAGCUUUGACAUCGACGCCUUCGACCCGUCUCUGGCUCCCGCGACGGGAACGCCGGUGAAUGGAGGGUUGACCUAUAGGGAGGGGAUCUACAUCACAGAGGAAGUCCACAAUACAGGUCUGCUGUCGGUCAUGGACUUGGUGGAAGUGAACCCCGUGGUCGGGGCGACCCGGGCGGCAGUGGAGGCCACCGCCUCCCUGGCCGUGGACGUCAUCGCGUCGUCCCUGGGGCAGACGAGAGAAGGCGCCCACGGGGUCAUCGACGAGAUCCCCUCGACAAAGGAGGACGACGACACAGAGCAGCUCUGCCUCUGAGAGCUCAAAGCGAAAAGCCACGGACUUGUUGCGCCACCCUCGAGCAUUCCAAAGUGUUGCAUCCAAGAGUGAGGAAAAAAAACAAAUCCCAAAGUCGCUAGAGCAAGGGUGUCAAACUCAUUUUUGCCCUGGGCCACAUUGUAGCGUCCCUCAGAGGGCUAUGACUGAAACCAUAAAAAUCUUUAAUCAUAUUCACAUGUGAAAUUUAUGAACUGGUUUUGGAAUCAGAAAAAGGGUAAUGGCUUUUUCCAACUAUUGUUGAUGCUUGGGAACAAAAAAAAAAAUACUUGCAAUAUAACAAUUUCUAACAAAAAUCAUGGAAGUUGCCAACAUGAGUUCGCUUCACAGGCCACAUAAAAUCAUGGGGCGGGGCAGAUCUGGCCCCCGGGCCUCGACUUUGACACCCGUGCGUACAGUAAAUUUUUGGUCCACUCUCUUCAUUGUGUUGUAUUUCACCGUGGAAAGUAUUUGUAUGUCUUUUGUCACAUAAGGUUUGCCAUGUAAAGCCUAGACGUUAAUUUAGACGACACACUUUUUAACUUAUUUUGCCAUUUUAUGUAAGAAGGCACGAAGCCUGCUAUUUAUUGUCUGUUCGGUUUACAAGUAUAUGAAGAUGCCUCAGAGGCGUGAUACAAAUAAACUUGACGGGGUUUUUGUAGAUGAAACUAGAAAUCGUCUUUGCACUUCCGGACCGGCUGUGGUUACUGUAUUUUCAAGUGUGUGAGUACGACUAUGUAACAAAAGCUUUGACUCUUAAAAGGCUUUAAGCUAAAUCGUCAUAUUUCACGAUAGCCACUAAACUGACGGUCAGUUACAUUCUUGUAUUAAAAGAGUUUAUUUUCUGGUC